CUCAUUUUCUAGAAACACGCAUUCAGACAUGACUUCUCCAUUUCCCCCUUACCUGAUACUGACUGCGCUCUUAGGAUUUCACUGUGAAAUCAUUACAGUGAGUAAGGUCUCAGUUAAAGCCGGAGGCUCCAUCUCCAUCCCAUGCCUCUAUGAGCCGCCUUACAGAAACCAUGUGAAAUACUUGUGUAGAGGACAUUUCUGGCUGUUCUGCUCAGAUGCAGUUAAAACAAACCAGUCAGAAGCUACAGGGAAAUAUUCUAUCUCUGAUGACACAAACCAAAGAAUCUUCACUGUGACUAUUAACGAUCUGAAAGAUUACACAGAUGACACUCGUUACUGGUGUGCUGUUGAACUUAAAAGGGAGGAAGAUGUCAGUAAAAUAUUUCGGCUGUCCAUCACGAAAGAUAUGCCAAGACUGUAUGUGGACCAUCAGAAAAUAACAGCAUUCGAAGGAGGAAGUGUGACUGUUUUGUGCCGCUAUAAAAAUCUAAAAGUAACAGAGUGGUGCCGGCUUGGAAGCACCUGUGUGACAGAACAGACUGGAUCAAUAGGUGGAACAACAGUGACCAUCAAUGAAACUGUCCUGAAUGUUUACAAUGUGACUAUGAGUGGACUGACGACAGCAUGCAGCGGCUGGUAUUGGUGCACCAAUGGAGAGUUUCAGAUCCCAGUGCAUAUAUUGGUUCACGAAUUAGCCUCAACUACAACUGAGAAAAUUACAAUGAACACCAAAACAGCAAGGACACUCCGAACAUCUACCCAGCCUUCUUUCAAGCCAAAAACAACUUUGCCCAAAAACUCCAACAAAAGUCUGGAAGGUGGAGAGAGCCUGCAAGAUGAACUGGAGAGCUCCACUACGGUUAUGAUCGUCGUCGCCCUCGUCUUACUGCUCUUGUUAGUCGCUGCAGCCUUUUUUGGAUGGUGGAGGAUAAGACAUAAAACAACCCAGCCUGGGGCGUCAGACACCACGAUGGGCUCAGACACCGCGAGUGAUCCUGAUCUGCUCUAUUCCACCAUCUGUCAUAAUAAACGUAAAGCAGCCCACAUGAAGCAGAACCGUAGACCUGAAGACAGCGUGACAUACAGUACCAUUGUGUUGAAGGAUUGUGUUCAACAAGGGAUUCAACCAACAGAUGGAAGUGUGAUCUACAGCACAGUGAAAACUAGUGAAGAAAUAACAUCUGUAAAUGAGCUGAGGAGAUUAUAGCAGCGCUUAAGGAGUCCUUCGCUGGGACUCUGUAAAGCUGUAAAAUAAAUAUUUGCUAUUAACCAGGUUGAGCAAGACAUCAACACAUGGGGCCACAAGCUGGGUCAGUUUGUGUUUAUAUAUAAUACAUAUAUAUAUAUAUAUG